AUGGCGACGAUAUCACCAAAUUUAGCGACGGCUCUUCUACUGGCACUCGUACUCGCCGUCGGGACAGCAGAGUCGUCAAGGCCGGCCGGCACUCCCGACGAUGUCUACCCGAUGCCGACGGUGAUGUCCGAACACAACUGGCUGCCGGUUAGGGGAUUCCUACUGAAAAAGAAGCACGUCCUUGACGCCGCGCGCUUCGCGGUGACGACGUACAACAACGAACACCCCGGGGAGCUUCCCUUGAAGCUGGUGAGGGUGGACGGCGGCGAGGUUUUGGCCGCCGGAGCCGGCGUCGUGUACCAUCUCUACCUGACCGCCUCCAGCCACGCGCACAGCGAGGAAAAGUACCAGACGUUUGUGUUUGUUCCUCUGGCCGGAGAGAUGCCGCGGCAGCUGUUGUUUGCGCCCGUGGAUGUUGUUUAUUAG